ACUUCACUUUUGCUCCCAUGAUCAUUGUGUUCCAGCAUGGUGUGAUGACGUCAUACGUGUAAUCAAUUAAUUCUCUUGUUAGCCUAUAUUGAAUAGUUUUCUUAAUUUUUCUUGAUUAGAUUUAUUUAUAUACAUACAUUAACAGUUGCGUUUGUUUAGUGAGCAAGUUAGCAAUACAAGUUUUUUACUUGUAAAUAUUUGGUAAAAUUAUUCAUAUUGUUUCUAUGAUUAAAGGUAGAAAAUAUAAUAGUAUUUUGGGACAGGGGUGGUACACGACUUCCUUAAAAACCUAGUCACGUAAAUAUACACAAGACGUAAGAUGUCAACUUACCCAUAGUUUAUGACAGACACCUUGGCUUAGAAAAUGAAUAUUGUUCUCUUUUGUUCCUCCCUCCCUUAGUAUUUUUAUUUACACAUAUCAUGAAUUAUUAACUUAGUUUUUAGUGAAAAUAGCGACGAGUUCUAGCUAGAACAUCCGUAUGUUUUUCACACACAUUAGUUCGUAGCUAUGUCUUUUAAUGUACUCCAUGACAUAAUAUUAUGUACUGUAAAUCGAUAUGUUGAGAUGUUUGAAGAAACAAAGAAAGGUCGUCGGUGUGAAAUAAGAAGAGCGUUUCAGAUUUUAUUCCUGAUUAGUGUUGGAUGAUUACGUAGUUUUUAACACGAAAAAAAUUUUUAGCCUACGUGAUAAAAGCUUGAUAUUGCUCUCCUGCUUUGUGUUUUUAUUAAUAGAGACGACGAGGGUAUAAAAGUAACUAUUUCUCGUUAAAGCAUUAACUUGAACUUGAUUGCUAAUUAAAAUUUUGUUGUUUAAAAAAACUUGUUUCCAAUCUCUCAAAUAGGACAUUUUUAAAUAUAUUUUUGCUUUUUUUAUUCGUAGUCACGCCCAAGAUCUCUAUUCACAGUGUUGCUACCACAAUAUUUUAACAUCAUAAAUGUUUUAUGAAUCCAGUGACGUCUAUAUUCGCACUUUCCAUUGAGAUAUAGCUUCGCGUUGACCACUACUACUUCGACCGACUCACUCUUUUUCUCAGUCUUAUAUUCCCUCCAGUCCUUAAGUUAUUCAAGUGAGGCAUAUAUGGUUGUAAAGAUGCCUUAUAUGGGUAUGUUUUAUUUCAGUAAAUUCAUGCUUUCCGUGAGUGUUAAGUACCUGCCCAAACCAAAAUAGCUCACACGGCUUGGAUUCAGAGAACGUUUAUCAUUGAUAGCUGUUGAAAAGUAGUGUAGUGCACAAUCGAGUUUUUGAUGGGAAAGAAUUUGUUUUAAAUCAUGAAAUAAAAACUCUUUCGUUUGUAAAUUAAACUUUUUUUUACAUCUUCUCUCGUCGUUCCUUUUAUGUAUACUGAAUUUUUUGUACUUUUAGACAAGUAUCUUCGAUCACUUUUUUCUCGUUUUUAAAAGAAGUUUCGGAAUUUUUAUAAUUAGUGUUAAUAUCGUAAAACAGCUGUUCUUAAUGGCGACUAAUGUUAUUAAUUGCCAUCAAAAAGUUAAUGUUAGAAAAUAUUGCAAUGUUAGGUAUUCUUCUAAAUGUAUUUUAGUGCGUUUUCGUUUGUAAGUGGCAAGUUAAAAGCUUUGCCAAGUUUUCCUUCGCUUCUUACUGAUUAGUUGAAGUCUGUGUCAAGCGAGGAAAUGCUUGUAACUUUUACUGUGUACCGAAAUUAAAUUUGACUUACUUUUUUUUCGUUAGUUUUUAUAAAAAAAUAUUUUUCAAUAUCUUUAUAUGUCAUACUAUUAAGAGAGUUAACGUACUAAUUACAAACUUUGUCAUUUAAUAAGUUUUUAAAACAUGAAGGCAGCUGGAAUGAAAUUGCAUCCUGCGUUAAAACUCACUGUGAUUGGUCGAUUACCAGCUAUGUCAUCAAACGACAGUACAAGUGAUGGUCCUCUUGGAGUCAAGGGGAGGAAGAAGCUGAUUGGCGAGGCUGGUAAUGUACUGAACUAUACUAAAAAUGUUCGACAUUUAAACGAUAAAGAACGGAAAACGCUCGCGAAGCGCUUAAAUUUGACCGAACUGGCCGAUAAAACGACAGCUCGUAAUUCCGGUAAAAGAGUAAGAUGUCAUUGUGAUGGUUGUGCGAAUCAUGUGUGUGAGUCGUAUGCCGGCUGCUUUUCUUCGGUGACUCAUAAAAGUGGCUCAACUAAAGCGCUAACAAAACGUUAUGGUUGUCUUCACGAGCACAAAGAUGACAUAGAGCAAAUGCAUCUACGUCUACGAAUGUAUUGCGGUACGGCAAAUAUCAAUGGUACCGUCACCAAUGGGAUUGGCAACAAAGGAGUUGACGGCGAAUGUGUCACUAUGAGGUGCUGUGAGACAGAUGAUUGCAACGCAGUGUUUCCAACACCUGCUCGCCAUUGUAUGUCGAAUUUGUCAUCAGCCACGCCCACUAACACGUCACAUUCGUUCAGCAAAAACAUGGCGAUUAAUAUCGGUACACCAGUUGCUGCGUUGAUCUUCCUACUUGCUGUUAUCAUUGGCGCGUUUAAACUCUGGCAACGCAAGUCUUUAAAAUUCAUUAAAAAGAAAGAGAAUCAAAUGCAGCCCGGAACCGCUUUGACUCCGUUGCUUCCCGGUGAUGAUUCCCUCACAAGAUUAUUAGAGAACUCUUGUUCUUCUGGCUCAGGGUCGGGUCUACCUUUUCUUGUACAACGGACUGUUGCUAGGCAGAUUGUUUUGUGUGAUCUAAUUGGACGGGGUAGAUAUGGAGAGGUAUGGCGUGGAAGUUGGCAAGGUGAAAGUGUUGCUGUGAAAAUUUUCAACUCAAGAGAUGAAGAAUCGUGGAAACGUGAAACGGAAAUUUACAACACCGUACUUUUACGUCACGAUAACGUACUCGGUUAUAUCGCCGCCGAUAUUGCAACGAGGCACGGUGUUACGUGUAUGUGGCUAGUCACACACUAUCACAUGCACGGAUCAUUGUAUGAUUAUUUAAACCUUCACACACUGGAUCCACACCAAAUGUGCUUGAUUGCCUAUUCAGCAGUCAGCGGUUUGGCUCACUUACACACGGAAAUAUUUGGUAUGCAAGGGAAACCUGCGAUUGCUCAUCGAGACAUGAAAACGAAAAAUAUUUUAGUAAAAAAGAAUGGGCAAUGCGUAAUAUCAGAUCUUGGACUUUCUGUGUUGCAUUCCUCCGACUCCAAUAAGUUAGAUCUGGCUAUUAACAGGAGGGUUGGGACAAAGCGAUAUAUGGCGCCGGAGCUGUUAAAUGAAACAAUGUGUUUAAAGAGUUUUGAUGCUUUUAAACAAGCAGACAUGUAUGCCUUCGGAUUGGUGUUAUGGGAGGUAGCGAGAAGGACACUCUGCGAUGGUGUGAGUGAAGACUACCAGCCUCCAUAUUAUGAUAAGUUAUGUCAAGAUCCUCCUUUCGAAGAUGUGAAGAGGGUAAUCUGUGACGAGUCUUAUCGACCACGCAUCCCCAAAAAAUGGUACGGUGAAGAGCAUUUAAUGACGUUAGCGAAGCUGAUGAGUGAAUGUUGGUACGAAACCCCAGUAGCCAGAUUAACUGCAUUGCGAGUGAAGAAAACGCUAGGGCGUUUAAUGGAGCGCCUUGAUAAUGAAAAGAAACUUUUUUGCAAAAGCAUUCAAUUCAGUAUGCUUACUUCUUCAGAUAAAGUAGACAGUCUUUCUGAAAAGGAUAGCUUAUUUUCCUCAACGACCUUUUGCAGUACGAGGUCAUGAGAGGUUGUGUACUGUAUGUAAAAACAAUCUUUACCACGUCACAAAGUUAUUUGUUUAACACGUGUUUUAGUUUUUAAAUAUGGUCAUGAUAGGGAAUGUAUAUUUUAAGUUAUAACUCUUUUUUAACUAUCUUGAAUGUAGCUCGAAAGUGUCUAUUUUUUAGUCUAUAUUUUCA